UGUACUACAGCAGACACACUUAUAUUCUCAUAUUCAAAGUGUUUAUGCUCUAGUUUGUCUGCGCUGAAGGCUUCUCGUUAUCGCUCUUUAAUUUAUUCUCUUCAUUCACCUUCCCCAAUCUCCAUGUUAUAUCAUCUUUGAUCAUUUCCCUCAUUCCAUCCUUCUUCAUCCUUCUAUCUCUUCACACUUUCAUAUUUUCACUGGUUGUCUAUUUGUUUUCUUUAUUGGUUUUUACAAUGGAGGCUGAAGCAGUUUAUAACUACAGAGCGACAGAAUGCGAUGAGCUUAGUUUUCAGAAGGGGAACAUCCUAAAGGUGUUAAACAUGGAUGAUGAUCCAAACUGGUACUUAGCUGAGGUGCAGGGCAGACGAGGAUAUGUGCCCAAGAACUAUAUCAAUGUAAGACCUCACGCGUGGUUCGUGGGAGGAAUUUCACGACUGGAUGCGGAAAACCGUCUGAGACCUUUGGAGUGUGGAACGUUUCUUAUCAGGGAGAGCGAAAGCACACCGGGAGAAUUUUCUGUGUCUGUCAGUUAUGGGGACCACGUGCAGCACUUCAAAGUGUUGAAAGAUGGAUUGGGUCAGUACUUUAUAUGGGAUGAAGGAUUUAGCUCCCUUAACCAACUGGUGGAUUUCUACAAAAUCAACAGUAUUGCCAGGGAGAGGACUAUCUUCCUGCAAGAGCCCAAGAACACACUUGCUAGGCCACGUCAUGCACAGGCACUCUUCGACUUCACACCUCAUCAUGCGACUCACCUGCGGUUUCUGCGAGGUGAUGUCAUCGACCUGCUUGACUGUUCAGAUGCCCAGUGCUGGAGGGGGCGAUGCCGCGGCAGAGUGGGUGUGUUCCCGCCGGAGUAUGUGCAGCCGAUUUACCACUGAGACUUCAGAGCGUGACCGACCAAUGAGUCACUUUUGUUAAUUACUAUUAAUUAUGCAUAUUAUAUACAUUAUGCAUCAGGUCUUGAUUAAGGUGUGUGUGGUAUGUUCCUGUAGCUCAAUUGGUGCUGACAAAAUGUGUACCACUGUAAGUCGCUUUGGAUAAAAGCAUCUGCCAAAUGCAUAAAUGUAUUUACAUAAAUGUACUUUUUGACUAAUUAUAAAGCAACGGUAUUUUAAAAUGACGGUGUGAGAUUGAAAACAUCUAGGUUCUAAUUGUGAUCCUGUCACCCAGCGCAAGAGUCAUAAUUUAACAUCAUCUCUUCAAAAACUGCCGUGCAUCUCGUGUGCAUGACCAAAACAUCCUUAAUGUCCUAAAAGGACUGUACUGCUUUACAGCGCCCGGCCUUUAUUUCAUUAUGAGAGAUGGGAAAAGUGCAAUCUGGAUAUCCAAACCCUUUUUCAUUUGUAUUUAAUGGCACUGUUUAAUCACCCUCAUGUCACUCCAAACCUGUUUAACUUCUUCCUUGGAACAUGAAAGCAACAUUUCUCAGGAAUUGGACUGGUAACUGUUUUCCAUCAUAUUAAGAAAACUGCUAUAAACUAAAACAAAGCCUUUAAAACACAAAGUAUUAUUAUUGUUAGCUCAAAUUGUGCUCUCUUUUAUAAGUCACUGUGGAUAAAAGCAUCUAAAUGAUUACAUGUAAAUCUAAGUACAAACUUGAGAAUUUUGUGAAAGAUAGAAACAGUCUGUAAAUUUACUGCUGUGAAUUAAGAAACAAAAAAAAUGGUCAGGUUGACGAUUAACCUGCUUUACAGUGCAAAUUUAUAUUGCCGGUAAACAUCUAUGGCUUCUUAUCUUAUCUGGUAUUUAUCUUAAUAAUUUAUUUGUUAUUAUAUUGCUUGAUGUGUACGAUUAAACACAAUAAGGAAUUUAGUGAUGCAUGUCUUUUCUGUGGUUUAUUGCGACAUGUUAGUUAACAUAAACAUCUGUGUUUUGAACAAUACAAUUAUUACGCAAUAAUAUAUCAAAAUUCCUACACUUAAACCUGCUGACUCACCCAUGAACUCAGAAAAUAUGCUAUUACUGUUUAAGUUAUUAAAUAAGAGACAAGCGUGAACCUGUCCUUAUAAACUGUAAACAUUUCUUGUUGCACUUAAAUUUUUAAUCAAGUUUAAUCAACUUGAAAUAACUUAAUUGUAACUUUCUUGACUAGUGAGAAGUUGCAAUAAAUUAUAAAAAUAAAGUUGAAAUUACUUUAGCUAAUUCGACUUUAUUUUUUAUAAUUUAUAGCAACUCCUCACUAAGUUGAAAAAGUGCAUUUAUGUUUUUUAAGCGUCUGUUUAUAGUGAUUAUACACUAUAGCUGUGUCCCAAUUCGAAGGCUGCGACCUUUGAAGGACGUAUUCUUGGGCAGCGGGACUGAAGGCCACUGUAGUAAAGCCGUCCCAAUUGGACGGCUGCUUAAAAUGAAGGCUGUGUCUGAAAGCUUAGGCAGCUGACUUGUUGCCUCGCUCCCUUAUGUGCUUAAUCAGCAGGUGACGCAAAUUAUAGAUUCUCGGAAGGCUAGACGUCUCAUUUCAGUUAUUUUCGUGGACUUUACAGCCUUGGAAUUUGGACACAGCUUGUAAAAAAUGAUGUGGUCAUGAGUCAUGACAGCAUGUGCAUGUAGACCUGAUACAGUCUGGCUAAGAGUAACCCACUUCGAGCCAAAAUAAACUUGAAUUUGUUUACAUGUGUUGGCGAGAUGUGUGAUAUUCCAUCAUAUAAGCAAAGUCAAUAGUGAUUACGAGGUGUUAUUUUUGAGCCAUGGUUAAACGUCUAUUAUAUUUUCACUGAAAGCCCAAAUUUUGCUUUGCUUUAGCCAGGGCGUCUGGGCUGUGUUUAGACAGCUUACUUUACCUCAUCAAAAUAAGUUUAGCAGUUUUAACAUUGCUUAUAUGUUACAGCUGCUCAUCAGAAGUCAUUAUUUAAAAUUGUAGGUUAGAAUGACUUAAACAGCGAAUUUGAUUAUAUUUAAACAUUGUGGUCUGUAAGCAGGAAGACCACUGACGGAUGAUCUCAUGUAAAUUUAUGUUGGAUCCACCCAUGUGAAAACAUUUGUUCUCUAUAUUGUUUUUCUUUUUUUUGUUAAACGACUGUAUGAGCAAUAAUAUGCUAUAAAACAAAUUAA